AUGGUCGACUCUUCUAACAAUUCGCUAUUACAGAUUGUUUUACACAUUGAAGAUGGUAAUGGUUUCACAUUCAUAGAUCAAACAGCUAAAGUUUAUUUUGUAGCAACAUUAAAUGGUAUUUCGUUAGAUUCUGUACCAGUUGAAGCUGGUAAGCCUACUGAAUUUAAUACGGAGCUGGUUUGGGAGGUUAAGAGAAAGGACUUGAGGGAAUUAAAACUCAGUAAUAAAUCUAUAAAAGUAGAAUUUUUCUCAAUAAAAAAAGAAGAACACAUAAAAUUAGGAUACCUAAUGGUAUGUUUGAAAAGCGCCCCAUCUGUUCUACCUGGUACUUCAGAAAUAUAUAAAAAAUCGUGGUCUAAACUGCUUGGUGUAAGCUCCACUAAUAGAGUAUUUCCAACCAGAAAUAUUAUGGCAAGUUUUUAUUGA